UUCACCCUGUAAUCUUUUCGUGACUUUAGUCGUUUCUAAUUUAUUGAGCCACACUUUUUCUCCUCUCUCGGGGCCGGCGGUCGGCCUAUGCCCUUCCCACGGUCGGACUGUAGAGGUCGUCCCCCCUCUCCCAAUCUCUUUCACUUCCUGCUUGGUGAGAGGCGGCGGAAUGGCUAGAUCCGGCCGCCACCUCCGGUUCGGCGGGGAGAAGGCGGCGGACUUGAUCCGGAGAUGCGGCGAAGGAGGUAUCACCUACGGUUGCAUUUUCCUCUACAUUUCCGUGUCCAGUGGCCAGAUCUUCUUCAACAAGUGGGUUUUAUCAUCCAGUGAGAUCAACUUCCCAUAUCCUGUUGCAUUAACUUUCCUGCACAUGCUGUUCUCUUCAGUAUUGUGCUUUCUACUCGCCCAAGUUUUCAAGAUUAUAACGAUUGAAGGGGGGGAUGACUUCAGACAUGGUAAUUCACCCCCCUCUUGCCGGCCGCCAGGGGACCAACAAUUGGUAUCAGAGCAAAGUUCGUUUCAGAAGGAUUAACCGUCGACCGAAGCACCAGAGAUGAUCGGACCGAGCAUCUAUCCACCGAAAUUCGGGGAGGAAUUCGCUAAUUGGAAGAAAAAGAUGGAGGUAUUUUUAAAACAGAUUUUGAAUUAUUAAUCAUUAUGAAAUAUGGUUUUGUAACCCCGAAAGACAAAGAAGAAUAUUAGUAGACGAAGAAGGAGCAAGCCGACUUCAUGGCAAACGGCAAAACAGAGUUCUAUUUGCUAAGAGUUUUGCCAUCACAAGAAGUCAACCGGAUCUGAGCUUACGAGUCAGCCAAGGAGCUCUGGGAGAAAUUCCUGGAACUACAUGAAGCGACCUUGGAGGCAAAACUAGCGAGACAGGAUCUGCUCCGAAACUAGAUCAGCAAUCUCCGAUUAGAAGAAAGCGAAUCCGUUGCAUACCUUCACUCAAGGAUUAUGGAACUCAUUACUGAACUCACGAAUCUCGGAGAAAAGGUAACUAAUCGAGAUUCACUAAGGUACGCGCUUAAUGCAUUUCCUAGAACUUCUGAAUGGGUAUCCUUAGUAGAUGUAUAUUACAUCUCUAGAUCUAGAGGUGAGUACUUUAGAAGAGUUAUUUUCAACAUUUGAGAUUCACGAAUUUAGAAAUACAAGUCUAAGAACGAAGAAAACGAGGCAAAACUUGACGAACAAGAGUCCGAAACAUCUCUUGACGAUGACGAAACGACGUUCAUGGUAAGGAAACUUAAAACGUUCUUUAAAACUAAUAAAUUUAAUCAAGUGCAGGAUAAAAGAAAAAAAGAAAGAUAAGAUGUUAUCACUGCGAUGAAGAGGGGUACGUCAAAGACAACUACCCAGAAUUGAAGAAUAAGGAGAAGAACAAGAAGCCAGUUCAGACAAAGUAUCGAAAUCUAAAGGCAACGUGGGACGAAAUGUCGUCCGAGUUGGAGAUCGAAACCCCCGUCAGACUUGCGCUAGUAGCAAGUCACCAAGAAAAAGAAGACAAAGCAAGCUCUUCCGAAAUGAGCAUCGAGAGCAUCGAUGAAAGGGAGAGCAACAUGAGAAGGAAGCAGCACUUCAGGGGGAGCUUCAGAUUACGGGAUCGAUAAGGUAAGUCAGGUACGGUCUCAACCUCCUGAUAAGUUAUUUCAGUUUAUAAAAAUGUUAUCAAAAAAUGUCUGUAAGUUAGAAAAAGAAAAUCAAAAGGGUUAAAAUUAACCUUAGCAACAUGUUGUCGACUAGAGGAUUUGACCAGAUAAAAAUUGAAAAUGAGAAAUUAAAAAUGGAAAUAGAAAACCUAAAGAAUCCUGCAUGUUCGAAUAUAGCUAUUUCUAAUUUCAAAAUUUAUCAAAGACUAAACUGACACUUUAGAUAUCAUAAGGGUCAAAUCAGAAAAUAUCAACAAAAUAUAUCUCUAAGAAAUUUUUAAUUAAUCGAAAGGAACCUAUAUUGGGUCCAAAAUUAUGCUUAAAUUGAAUAAUUAUUAUGCAUGUUUUAUUUUUAAUUUUAUUUUAUAUUUUUGCUUAGAAUUAUCAAAUAAUCCACAUAAUUUCGGUUAGAAAUUAAUUAAAAUUAGUUUUUUUUUGAGAAAGAGAAUUUCAUU